UUAGAGUGAAUUUUUGGGAGCGCUGGAAUUGCCUCAACGUUAUCGUCUCCACUGGGACGGGAGCUUUGAGCUCACAACUCUCACCUCCGCCUUGGCGCCCACGGGAGCACACCGGCGACCGCAACCCCACUUCCACGCCUCCACCCUCCAUGCGCGCCUAGUCCCCUCCCUUCCAAAUCCCAUGCCUCUCAUGACCGUUGCCUCCACGCACUUCCCCUUCCCCUCUACCUCCUCUUCCUCCUCCACGCGCCAUCUCCGCCGUGCCGCCACCGCCAUCGCCGCCUCGGCGGCUUCAUCUGCCUCCGAUGACUUCUACUACCCCCUUGCCGACCCCUCCGUCCGCUGGCCCCACCUCAGCUUCCCGCACCUCCCCGCGCCGCGCUUCCCCGCCACCGUCAUCGCCACGCCUCCGGCCCCAGCCAGGCUCCUCCAUGGGGAGGAGGAGCGCCCCGCGGAGCCCUCCGCCUCCAUCCCGGCCUCUGCCGCCGUUGCCGUCGAGCCGCUCGACGCGCGGGCCCACCGCGGGAGGGUGAAGAAGCUGAGCAAGCUCGCGUUGCGGCGGGCGCGGGACUGGCGCGCGCGCGUGGCGGGGCUCGUGGACGCCGUCCUGGCGCUGCCCCCCGGCGCGCCCGUCGACGAGGUGCUCGAAGGCGCGCGGGCCGCGCCCGACGAGGUCGCGCUCGUCGUGCGCGCCAUCGGGGCGAGCUCCUGGCGGCGCGCGCUGGACGCCUUCGAGUGGCUCGCGCGGAGCGGCGCUCCGGCACCCCGCGCCGUGGCCGUCAUCCUCGGAGUCCUCGGCCGCGCGCGCCAGGACGCGAUCGCGGAGGAGGUCUUCAUACGCUUCGCGGGCGAGGGCGCCACUGUUCAGGUGUUCAACUCCAUGAUGGGUGUCUACGCGCGUUCUGGCCGAUUUGGCGACGUACGGCAGCUGCUUGACACAAUGCGCGACCGGGGCAUCGAGCCUGACCUUGUUAGCUUCAACACUCUCAUCAAUGCUAGGGCAAAGUCCGGGUGUUUAGCUGCCGGCGUCGCCCUUGACCUCAUGCUUGAAGUUCGACAAGCUGGGCUGAGGCCGGAUGUUAUCACUUACAACACGCUCAUCAGUGCAUGCUCACAGAGUUCUAAUCUGGACGAUGCUGUGAUGGUGUUUGAGGAGAUGAUAGCUUCAGACUGUCAUCCCGAUUUGUGGACAUACAAUGCAAUGGUGUCGGUGCAUGGCCGGUGUGGGAAGGUGCAGGAGGCUGAGCAGCUGUUUAGGGAGCUGGUGGAGAAGGGCUUUAUGCCUGAUGCAGUCACUUACAAUUCUCUUCUCUAUGCUUUUGCAAAGGAAGGGGAUGUCAAGAAGGUGGAGCACGUGUGCGAGGAAUUGGUUAAGGCUGGGUUCAAGAAGGAUGAGAUAACUUACAAUACAAUGAUUCAUAUGUAUGGAAAGAUGGGCAGGCUUGACUUAGCGGUUGGUCUUUAUGACGAGAUGAGAGCCAUGGGCUGUACUCCAGAUGCUGUGACCUAUACUGUCUUGAUUGAUUCUUUGGGGAAGAUGGAUAGGAUUGCUGAGGCAGGGAAGGUGCUGGAGGAGAUGGCCGAUGCGGGAUUGAAGCCAACUUUAGUAACUUUCAGUACUUUGAUAUGUGCAUAUGCCAGAGGUGGGAGGCGGGUAGAGGCAGAGAAGACAUUUGAUCGCAUGGUCGCAUCAGGUGUCAAACCUGAUCGUUUAGCGUAUUUGAUUAUGUUUGACAUUUUUGCAAGGUCUGGUGAGAUGGAAAGGUUGAUGGAUCUGUAUCAAAAAAUGAUGAAGGAUAGUUACAGGCCAGAUGAUGGCAUGUAUCAGGUCUUGCUUGCUGCACUUGCAAAGGGAGAUAAGUGCGAGGAGAUCGAACUAGUUAUCCAAGACAUGGAACUAGUUUGUCAAAUGAAUCCACAAAUAAUAUCAACAAUGCUCAUCAAGGUGGGGUGCAUUUCUCAGGGCACUAAGCUGUUAAAGAAGGCAUGUAUUCAAGGAUAUGAGCCUGAUGGUAAGAGCUUAGUGUCCAUUAUGGAUGCAUAUGUCACAAUUGAAAAAUAUGAAGAAGGUCUCUCUUUGCUUGAAUGCAUCCGGGAGCAUGUCCCAAUCUCCCACAACUUGCUAUCUGAAUGUUCCAUCAUGCUUCUAUGCAAAAAACAGAGCAUUUCUGCCUUUGAAGAGUACAGUAGAAUGCAACUGUUAAAAUAUGGAUCCUUUGGUCGAGAUUGUAACUUGUAUGAGGUCUUGAUAAUAUGCCUUGAGGAAGCUGGGCUCUUUCCUGAAGCUUGUCAAGUGUUCUGUGAUAUGCAGUUCAUUGGCAUAAAGGCUUCUAAGAAGAUUUACGAGAGUCUGAUUUCCACAUACUGCAAACUGGGAUUCCCAGAAACAGCACAUAGGUUGAUGGAUGAUGCUUUGCAAUCUGGUAUUUCGCUUAACGUUCUUUCGUCUAGGGUAACUAUAAUCGAAGCAUAUGGGAAGAUAAAACUCUGGCAGCAAGCAGAAAGCUUCGUGAAAGGACUGAGGCAAGCAUCAGGUAUUGAUAGAAGGAUUUGGAAUGCUUUGAUAUAUGCAUAUGCUGAGAGCGGCCUUUAUGAGCAUGCAAGGGCAGUCUUUGACAAUAUGAUGAAAACAGGUCCUCUACCAACUGUUGAUUCAGUUAACGGAAUGAUGAGGGCAUUGAUUGUUGAUGGCAGAUUGGACGAGUUGUACAUGGUUGUACAGGAGCUUCAGGAUAUGGACUUCAAGAUCAGCAAAAGUACAGUACUCCUUAUGCUUGAUGCUUUUGCAAAAGCUGGGGAUGUAUUCGAGGUAAUGAAAAUAUAUAACGGAAUGAAGGCAGCAGGAUACUUGCCAAACAUGCACCUCUACAGAAGUAUGAUUUCUUUGCUCUGCCGUAAUAACCGAUUCAGGGAUGUUGAGUUGAUGGUUGUGGAGAUGAAGGGAGCAGGAUUCAAGCCAGAUCUUGUUAUAUUUAAUUCUCUUCUUUUGAUGUAUACUGCGGCUGCAAACUUUGAUAGGACAGUACAAGUUUAUCAAAGUAUUCUGGAAGCUGGCUUAGAGCCUGAUGAGGAUACAUACAAUACAUUGAUAGUCAUGUACUGUAGAAGCUUGAGGCCAGAAGAAGGUUUUACACUCUUGAAUGAAAUGGGUAAAAGAGGUCUGACACCGAAGUUGCAAUCCUACAAAAGCUUGCUUGCUGCAUCUGGAAAAGCGGAACUCAGGGAGCAAGCUGAGCAGCUUUUUGAAGAAAUGCGAUCGAAGGGAUAUCAGUUGAAUAGAUCUAUCUAUCACAUGAUGAUGAAAAUAUACAGGAAUGCCGGCAACCAUUCCAAAGCUGAGCACUUGAUAGCAGUAAUGAAAGAGGAUGGCAUUGAACCAACAAUUGCCACUAUGCAUAUCCUCAUGACUUCUUAUGGGUCUGCUGGGCACCCGCACGAAGCUGAGAAUGUAUUGAACAGCUUGAAAUCUUCCAGUUUGGAAGUCAACACUUUACCAUACAGUACUGUCUUUGAUGCUUACUUGAAAAAUGGUGACUAUAAUCUUGGAGUCACAAAGCUGUUGGAAAUGAAAAGAGAUGGUGUAGAACCAGAUCAUCAAGUUUGGACAUGUUUCAUUAGGGCUGCUAGUUUGUGUGAGAAAACUGAUGAUGCAAUUCUUCUUCUAAACUCUUUACAGGAUUGUGGAUUUGACAUUCCCAUUAGGCUCCUGACUGAGAGGACACCGUCUCUGUUAAGUGAGGUCGACAAUUAUCUGGAAGAGCUUGGAGCAUUGGAAGAUUCUGCUGCUUUGAACUUUGUAAAUGCACUAGAAGAUAUGUUGUGGGCAUUUGAACGUCGAGCAACUGCUUCAUGGAUUUUCCAAUUGGCAGUAAAGAGAAGCAUAUACCGUGAAAAUAUCUUUCGUGUGGCAGAAAAGGACUGGGGAGCUGACUUCCGCAAGAUGUCUGCUGGGGCUGCACUUAUCGGUCUUACAUUGUGGCUUGAUCACAUGCAAGAUGCUUCACUCCAGGGUUCACCAGAAUCACCCAAAUCUGUUGUACUGGUCACAGGGGAGGGGGAAUAUAACAUGGUAUCCUUGCGUAAAACCAUUAGAGCUUACCUUUUGGAAAUGGGAUCCCCAUUCUUGCCAUGUAGAACCCGGUCAGGUCGCUUUGUGGUAAAGGCUUACUCUCUUAAGAUGUGGCUGAAAGAUUCUCCUUUCUGCAUGGACCUUGAGUUGAAAGAUGCUCCAGCUCUUCCUAAAUUGAACUCAAUGAAGCUGACUGAAGGUUGUUUCAUGAGAGCUGGCCUUGUACCAGCAUUUAAAGAUAUACACGAGCGACUUGGGGAAGUAUGGCCAAAGAAGUUUUCCAGAUUAGCUCUGUUGUCAGAAGAAAGUAGGGACGAGGUUAUUAAGGCUGAUAUACAAGGAAGGAAAGAAAAACUGGAGAGAAUGAAAAAGCAGGGUGUUGUCAUAGCAAGAAAAUCUAACAAAAGACCACGAAGAGCAAAAUUUAUUAGGGACCAAAGCAUGCAAGUGGUAUCAAAGUAGUUGCUGCCUGUUAUUGUUUGGUUCAUCAUGGCAUUUCUUUAAGCAGCGUCUGGCAUUUACAUGAAUAUUUGUUGAUGCGGUGAAAAUGACAAAGGGAAUAUAACAUUGCUGCUGUUUCUAUUGGUUCCGAUAGGUCUCGUAAACAAAGUUAUGCUCUUUUUUGAACAAAAUAAUGGGAUGCGUGUUCUCCAAGGUUUACUAAGCACAGUCGAGUAACCAGCUCAUCGUGUGAUGAACAGGUGGUGGAUAUAAUAUAUAUCACUCAUGAUGACAUGAUCGAGUGAAAUUAAAUGCAGACCAAUCACGUGUUCACAUGAUAUUUGAGGAUGGUCGUAUUACAAGAAGCAGCAGGAAAUUUGUUCUUUUCAAGUAACUUCUGCACUGUUCUAACGUGAUGAACUGUCCGGUCAACUGCAAGUUCCUUUGCUACCUGUAUACCAGUGCUUGGAGGCAUCAAGGGUCAUGAAAUUGUUCGUACUGAGUGACAAUGAUGCGUAAGAAGCUUACUCCGAGGGAAGGAAUCCCAAGGACGACAGGUGCUCUUCUCAGGUGCAGCUGCCACUUGUGCUGACAGUGAGAACUUUCAAUUCAGUGUCAGUGUUACUUGAUACCCGUAUCCAAUUUUUUUGCCAAAUUAGACAUCCCGAAUAUGCUGGUAUGGACUUGCACAGCUCCUUUCGCAUCUCGUGGAGAAGACAGAAGACCCUUCAAUAACUCUGCAGAUCUGCAACCUGGGACCAUGCGAUCUGCUUGCAAAGUUCGAUGAAUUCUUGUUGAAAUUUGAAAUGUUGAGCUGACAUAACAGAUCCGGUUUCCUUUGUACUAAUCGUAAGUCAGAUGUCUCUCUUUUCGUUGGAAUUCUUCAAUAUGAUUCAAGAGGCAGUAGAAAGUUUUAAGCAUCCUUUCUUCAUGAAAAUCUUUGCCAUUGCCAUUGCAUCUUGAGAGAUCUGGAAGCAAAGGAACUCGAAGAUUUUUUAGUGGUCCACCCCUCGAAGCAAAGGAACUCGAAGAUUUUUCAGCAGUCCACCCCUACUUACAAUAAUCAGAAGAACUGCUUCAUGGACACGGUGCACUUGACAGCGCGCCUCGUCCUAGGGCUUGUACAUAGCAUUCGUCGCUAUUGCAAUUCUGUUUCCUAAUAAAUUUUUGAGUAAAAUGCACACAGAGGUCUUUAAACUUGUCAAACUAUAUCAUUUAGGUUCA